GUCCGGGGCGUAUGCGAGGAGACCAUGACCACUGAUGAGGCCACCAAGAGCGAAGGGGAGGUGCAGGCGGCGGCUCUCGCCGAGCGCGGGGAGGACAUCACGCCGGCUCGAGACCGAGGGGUCCUGAAGAUCAUUAAACGACCCGGGAGCGAAGACGAGUCCCCCAUGAUCGGGGACAAGGUUUACGUCCACUACAAAGGCAAACUGGCCAACGGUAAAAAAUUCGAUUCCAGCCGCGAUCGGAACGAACCCUUCGUCUUCAGCCUGGGCAAAGUUUAGGUUGAGCUGCUUGACUUCAAAGGCGAGGACUUGUUUGAGGAUGGAGGGAUAAUCCGGAGGAUCAAGAGGAAGGGAGAAGGUUACUCCAACCCUAACGAAGGCGCUACAGUGGAAAUUCACCUGGAGGGAUUCUGUGGCGGCACCAGGUUCGACUGCAAAGAUGUGAAGUUCGUGGUGGGCGAAGGGGAGGACCACGACAUCCCCAUCGGCAUCGACAAAGCCCUGGAGAAGAUGCAGAGGGGAGAACACUGCAUCCUCUACUUGGGGCCACGGUACGGCUUCGGCGAGGCAGGGAAGCCGAAAUAUGGCAUCCAGGCGAACGCGGAGCUGGUGUACGAGGUUACGCUGAAAAGCUUCGAAAAGGCGAAGGAGUCGUGGGAGAUGGACACCAAAGAGAAGCUGGAGCAGGCUGCCGUCGUCAAGGAGAAAGGCACGAUGUACUUCAAGGAAGGCAAAUACCUGCAGGCGGUGAUUCAGUACGGGAAGAUCGUGUCCUGGCUGGAAAUGGAGUACGGCUUGUCUGAGAAAGAGUCGAAAGCCUCCGACUCCUUCCUCCUGGCUGCCUUCCUCAACCUCGCCAUGUGCUACCUGAAGCUGCGAGAGUACGCCAAAGCCGUCGAGUGCUGCGAUAAGGCAUUAGGACUGGACCAGGACAACGAGAAGGGGUUGUACCGGAGGGGCGAAGCCAGAUUAUUGAUGAACGAGUUUGAGCUGGCAAAAUGUGACUUUCAAAAAGUGCUGGAAGUGAAUCCACAGAACAAAGCGGCGAAAUCCCAGAUCUCCGUCUGCCAGAAGAAAACGAAGGAGCACAACGAGCGGGACCGGAGGAUCUACGCCAACAUGUUCGCAAAGUUUGCGGAGAGGGAUGCAAAGGCAGAAACCCAGCAGUAGACUUUGCCCUCCACUCACUCCGAGGACUCAGAGGAUGAGGAGGAGGAAGAGGAGGUGGAAAAUAAAGACCCGCCGAAAAAGCUCAAGAAGAAGCUGCCCAAAGAGCCGCCCUCGGGUGAGAGCCGGGAGAAGAAGAUGAAGCCAAAGGGAGACAAGAGUGACCCCGACGGCAAAGCCAAAUCUGCCAAAAGCACCAAGAAGGAGUCCAUGUCCAUGUUCCAGGUGAACGGGGAGAAGAAGGAGAAGAAAAGCAAGAAGAAAGGUACGGGCGAUGAGGAGGACGAUUCUGACUCCAGCACCAAACCCAUCAGGUCCGAGAAGAAGAAAAACCCGGCGUCCCUCUUCCAGACUGGUGGGGACCCCCCUAAGGAGAAGAAAAGCAAAAAGAAAGCUCCUCCCAAAGCAGCCGAGAGCGAGGAGGAGACCCCGGAGACCCCGCAGAAAAACUCCAACAAGAAGGGCAAAGGGAAAAAAUCAAAGAAGACGAAGGAGGAGAGGCCCCCGUCGCCCGUCAUCGAAGUGGACAACCUGGAGGAGUUCGUGCUGCGACCGGCGCCGCAGGGAGUGACCAUCAAGUGCCGGGUGACACGGGACAAGAAAGGGAUGGACCGGGGGCUUUACCCCACCUAUUACCUCCACUUGGAUAACGAGAAGAAGGUCUUCCUCCUCGCUGGGAGGAAGCGUAAGAAGAGCAAAACCUCCAACUACCUCAUCUCCAUCGACCCCACCGACCUGUCGCGGGGGGGAGAGAACUUCAUCGGGAAGCUGAGAUCCAACCUGAUGGGAACCAAGUUCACGGUGUUCGACAACGGCGCCAACCCCGACAGGGCCAACGCCAACUGGUCCAACGUGCGGCAGGAGCUCUCGGCUGUGGUCUACGAGACCAAUGUUUUAGGGUUCAAAGGUCCCCGGAAGAUGACGGUCAUCAUCCCCGGGAUGAACGCCGACAACGAGAGGGUGCCCAUCCGACCCCGGAAUGAUAACGACGGUCUCCUGAUGCGAUGGCAGAACAAAAACAUGGACAACGUGAUCGAGCUGCACAACAAAGCGCCGGUGUGGAACGACGAGACCCAGUCCUACGUCCUCAACUUCCACGGCCGGGUCACCCACGCCUCCGUCAAAAACUUCCAGAUCGUGCACGGCAGCGACCAGCACGGCUGGGCUCUGCCCAACCUCCUGCUGAGGGACCCCCCUGGCCUGGCUUGA